AUGCAUGGUAUAAAAUUCUCUAAAUUAAUUGGUGAUGGAGACAGUAGGGUCACAAAAAGGUUACCCGAAAUACUUCCCUAUGGACAGGCUAUAAGAGUUGAAAAAAUAGAAUGUAGAAAUUAUUUAUUACGCAACUAUUCUCAAAAAAUGAUGUCCUUGACUAAAAGAACCGAGUUUCCUAUUGAAAUUCGAAAAAAAAUAGUAAAUAAUAUUAUUAGGAUGCGAACAGAUAUAACUUGUGCUAUUAAAUUUAGAAAAGCAGAAGAUAAGCAUUUACAUCAAAAAAUUGCUGGCCUUAGAUUUGAUAUUGCUAAUGCUCCUAAUCAUCGAAUAUUUGAUUAUCACGAAAACUGUUCAACAUAUUUUUGUGAUAAAAAGUCAAUACAAUUAAAUGAUCAAAUAAAAAAACUGGCUAUUUCAUGA